AUGUCCAUCCAUCUUAAGAAAAUGACAACCCAAGACGGCCGUUCGUCUCAGAUAUACUACCAAGUCCUGCCUGAUCUUCUUCGUCUUCAUCAUCUUCUACUCUCCCGGUUUCACCAGCAGCUCAUCUCGUCUAUCCUAAACACCAUCUCAUCUCAUCUCAUCUCAUCUCAUCUACUGCCAUCUACUGUCAAGGUCACCCCGAGUAACUCGCAUGUACAUAAAGUACAGCAAGUAAAGUAA